AUGUGCUAUGCGAAAUUCGGAGCAGCCAAGUGCAACAUAUGGUUGUUGGCAUGUGAAGUGAAAGAUCGUUUCGGAGUGAUCACAGCCGAUCAAAAGGAGUGCAUCAAGAAACAGAAUGACAUGCCGGACGUGUUCCUGCUGUGUAAGAAGAAAUACGGUGUGGAGUUCUGCACGAAACUGAAGUCGGCCUGCUUCAAGAUCCUGAAGGUGAACGUGAUCACGAACGUGGCUGGUAACGUCGAGGUACUACCGCACUCGAUUUCGAUUUGUAUACAGUCA